CUAGCUCUCCUGCUCCCCAUUCUAGUUAGCUGGUUGGUUGGUUUUGCGGCAAUUUUUUGCAAUUCUCGCACUUUACCCAAGUUAUAAAAUGAUUGUAGUCUGCACGAGCUUGGCUUAAGAAAGGGAUUGCCCUUUGCAGUGACCGGCAGUUUGUUCAAGUUUGGUUUUUGGAAUGCCUCUGUAAGUGUAUCAGAUCCAGUUUUUUUUUUUUUUUUGGCGAGGAAAGAUAAGAGAUCCAUGGGAUCGAACUAUGUACAUUUGCCUUCCUGCCGCCGUAUUAGGCUACCUGGAACUGUAAUCUGGGAGUACGAGGGUUUGGCAUUUUGGAGGAUUUUAACUCUUGUCCUUCAGAAAAUUUACAGUUUUCACCUGAAUGCUAGUCUAACAGUGCCUGAUAGUUGUACUUGUACCUAUCCAAUUGGUGUGUCAUCUUGGCAAGUUGCUUCAAGACUACUGAUUGAAUUCAACAGCUGAAAUUACCAAACAUCUGCUUGUGACCUCAAAACUUGUUAUAGUCACUACCUUUUGUGUGCAGGCUACCUAUCACCAUCUGCUCAAGUGAAUGCACUGGACACUGGAAACUUCUUCUUGCCAAUGGCCAAUACGUCCAACAAGCGCAUGGGACCAACAGGGUUUUCGGGUAUCACAAGUGACAGGAUCAGCAGCCUCCCUGAUGAGAUUCUCCACCAUAUCCUGUCUCUCAUGACUGCACGAGAAGCAGUGCAGACAUGCGUGCUAUCCACGAGGUGGCGCGACGUUUGGAUGUCUUUGCGGUGCAUUGAAGUUGAGGCACAGGAAUUCACCAACAUGGAGAGAUUUGUGAUGUUCAUGGACAACCUACUACUGCGCCGUGGUUUGGUACCUCUAGAUAGCUUUUCCCUCAUGGGCUGGAGCGAUGAUUUUUCCCUUAACCAUCCCAGAGCUAACCUGUGGGUCUGCCAUGCCCUUAGGAGCAAUGUCCGUGUGCUUCAGAUCUUCAGCCGUAAAUUAUUUAAUCUUGAGUACUCUCCCUUCAUUUCGUCGCAUCUGAAAAUACUCAAUCUCCGUGAUGUUUCCAUCGCUGCCCUCUUCAUUGAGAAGCUCUUUUCUGGCUGUCCGCAGCUGGAAGAACUAUCAUUGGUAGACUGUCGUGUUCCUGCCACCAAGUUCUCCUCUAGGACCCUGAAGAAAUUAACAUUUAUCGCACAUACCCCCUAUGGUGCUGAUGAUGUCCAUACUGAUUUUGAAGACCUUGUCAUAGAUACCCCUAGUCUUGUUUCGCUGCAUCUGGAGGACAUUCCGUUGUUAACUCCUUGCCUUGUGAAUGUCUCAUCUGUUGUCAAGGCUUCAUUUCGCCUGGAUGAAGAAUGUUUCUCGAGUCCUUAUGUAAGCUGCAAUAUUAUCAGUGCCCUGUCAAAUGUUACGAAGUUGAAGUUGUUCUUUGGACUUGACAAUGAAACUGCAAGCAAGGUUCUAAGAAGAGAUCUCUGGAGGUGCCAGGCAUUCAACAACCUGAAAACUUUGUCUGUCAGUGGCUGGUGCAUAGAUGUUGACCUCCGUGCACUGGUCUACUUUCUUCGACGCUCACCUGCCUUAGAGAAACUUACUCUGUGUCUCAGCCAGGCUAGAGCUUCAGACAGGCUUCGCCGAAGGGACAGCACAGAGUCCGAGGAAACAAGCACAUCGUUUAAUUGUAAACAUCUGAAGAAGGUCAAGAUCAGAUGCCCUCAGGGUGACAAAAGGGUGGGCAAUAUUCUGAAUGUCAUACUUGCUAGCGCCUCUCUCCCGGAAAUUGUCAUCAAUCCGUACGAGCGCUGGGAUCCUUUGGAGUAGGGAGAUGUGCACGGCCCAUGCGUUAUUACCGUGGAUUAGAGCUUCUGAUGGUUGGCAAGUGUUGCUUCCGAUUUGAUGUGGAAGGGCUUUUUAAUGUUUGUGUGCUCUUCUUUUUGCGGGGAAUGUUUGUGUGAUCAUGAGGCCAACAAAUUAAUAUUCCUGUAACUGAAUCUGGAUAUGUGUUUCACUUUCCAGAGGCAUAUGCAGAGAAAUUUGAUAUUAGAGUUGUGUUUGACAUUAUUCGGGAUUACUGUAAUCUCAUCGUUUGCUUGACUGUCUUAA